AUGUCCCGCUCUCUACAAGUCUCUAUUUUCCUUCUAGCAGCACUGUGCUUGGUGCUCCCUGUUGAUGCAUUCACAACAAUCGCUCCUGUCGCAAAUGUUCAACCACUGACGCAUUUCACGUCGACUGCUAUGCCAGCCUUCGAACCAUCGUCAUCCAUGGAUAUCGCAGCUGGAACCUUGGACCCUACCACUAUGCUUUCCGACUUCUUGGGUGGGCUAAUUGGAAGUCCUGCUAUUUUGCUUGUUCCAAUUGGUGUGGGUCUCGGUGUUGCAACAUUAAUCGCAUAUCUCAUUGUCGCAUACGCAAACCCAGUAGUGGAGGACGACGAGAUGUAA